AAAUAUUCUGAAGAAUUUCUGCGCACCGAGCGAUCCCUGGUGGAGCAGGAGCUACGAAAGCAACGGCGCGCACCCUCCGACAUCAGUAUCCGCGAUCUGCUCGCAAAACCGGCCAUGCUCGAAGCCGAGGAUGACGAGGAGGAAGGCGCUGAUGUCCGGAUAAAGGAAACUCCCUCCGGAAAAGAGAAGGGUGCGCACAAAGAGCCUGUUGCUAGCAGAUUGUAG